CUAAACCAACGGCUAGAUCACACCCAAUGACUCACAAUCCCAAACUCCAUCCAACGAUUCACACUCACCCGGAUCUUCCCACCAUACAAAACCAUUUGCUGCCACCACUCACCAAAAUUCCUCUUCUUAUCCCACGGCGGCAAUGGCCGGAAUCUCGCCAGCACCGUCAUCUCCACCGCCGGCUGCAUCCAUCACUCCAGAUCCAACACAAUACUGGUGCUACCAGUGCAACAAACGCGUGCCUGUUGAAACCCUAGCUGAUCACCCUGACGUCAUCUGUUUCGAGUGCAAAAACGGAUUCGUUGAGUCGAUCGCAGUUUCUUCUCACGAUCGGCAACUUAACGAUGAAGAAACUGAAAAUGAGACUCCGGCUUUUGGUAACGAGUUUCUUCAUAUUCUCAGGUUAAUCGCUAUGGCGGCGCGUGAGGAUGACGAACCGCCUCCUCCUCCUCCUCCGCCUCUUUCUGAUCGUCCUCCCGUUGACAACGAUUAUGUUCGAAUCGAGCUGGAUCGCUGGAACAACGGUGACGUCAUCGAACGCGACGGUGACGAAGCGGAUCUGGUACAAGUAGGUCAAGUUAGGGCUCAAUUUGAUGAUAAUAAUAAUAAUAGUAAUAAUAAUGAUGAAGAAUAUGAUGAUAUUAAUAAUAAUAAUGAUGAUGAGGAUGAUGAUGAUGAAGAAGCUACUGAUAAUCAAAACGAGAACGAAGAAGAAGAUAAUGAUGAUGAUGAUUAUAGCUAUAAUAAUUACGAUGAGGAUGAUUUGAUUCAACGAGAACGGCGUGACGUACUCCGUUUACGGCUCCGAGACUUUGCGAGCCGAGCUGCGAGCCGUCGGAAUCGGAUUUUGGAUUGGGCGGAGAUUCUAAUGGGACUGGAGGAUCAAUCGGUUGAAUUUAGGUUACAAGUGGCUGGAGAAGAUGAUGUAUACGUUGGAAAUCCUGGAGAUUAUGUUGAUGCAGCUGGAUACGAAGCGUUAUUGCAAACGCUAGCGGAGAGUGAUAGCGGUGGGAGGAGAGGCGCUCCGCCUGCUGCGAAAUCGGCGGUUGAAGGUUUGUUAACAGUUGAGGUGAAGUCGAGUGAUAUGGAGACUUGUGCUAUUUGUAAAGAUAGAGUGUUUAAUUGUGAAGGAAAAGUUGUGAAGCAGUUGGAGUGUGGGCAUAUGUAUCAUGGUGAGUGUAUAGUUUGUUGGUUGGAUGCGAAGAAUUCGUGUCCGGUUUGUAGGUUUGAGUUGCCUACUGAUGAUCCUGAGUAUGAAGAGGAUAGGAAGAAGCGAUCCGUGACGGUUGCUGCAGCAGCAGCUGAUCGUGGUUGUUCAUCGAGUUCAGGUGGUGCUGAUUAACGCGUGGUACGUAUGCAUUUCUCAUUGAUGUUUUGCUUCAGAAGUUUGAGUGCUGGUUUCUUGUGUUCUGUUUGUUGUAAAUACUUGUUUACUCUGUUUGAUUAUUGGUUUCAUAUGAUUAUGUAUAUUUAUAAUAAAUUAGAUUUAUGAUUUUUAGCUAUGC